AUGCGCGCUGUUUCUACUCUUGCUGGCCUGGCAGCCGCUGCGCCGCUGGUCGCGUCUGCAAGCAUUCGGACGAGAUCGGCUGGCUCCGACCUCCCUAUCGUCAACACCACCCUUGGAAAUGUGCAGGGCACUUUUUCACCCUUCCGUGGCGGUGACACCGCCGUUGUCUACAGGGGUAUCCCUUUUGCCGCUGCCCCGACUGGCGAAAACCGUUGGAAGGCGCCCCAGCCGGCCCAGGCCUGGGACGGUGUCCUCAAUGCGACCGAGUUCGGUCCUCAGUGCGCCCAGUCGUACAGUAGCGCUGGCAUCUUCAGUAGCGGCAAGGAGAGCACCAGCGAGGACUGCCUCUACCUCAACAUCUGGACUCCCAACUACAACGAUACCUCCGACCUCGCCUCCAAGAACCUGCCGGUCUACUUCUGGAUCUAUGGCGGUCGCUUCGAGGGUGGUUCGGGCGACGUCCCGACCUACGAUGGCACCGGUCUCGCCGCCAAGGACAUCGUCGUUGUGACCAUCAACUACCGUCUGGGCCCCUUUGGCUUCCUGGCCCACCCCGAACUCUCCGCCGAAUCUGGCCACAACAGCUCCGGCAACUACGGUAUCCUGGACCAGCAGGCUGCCCUGCGCUGGGUUCACGAGAACAUUGCCAACUUCGGCGGUAACGCCAGCCAGAUCACCGUUGGCGGACAGUCCGCCGGCUCUGCCAGCGCUCUCGACAGCAUGUGGAGUCCUCUGAACGAGGGCUUGGUCGCCGGUGUCAUCUCCGAGAGCGGUGCUCGCGGUCCUCAUGACCCCAUGACCGGCAGUGCUGCCACCAGCCACCGCACCAAGGCCGCUGCGGAAGCCCAGGGCGUCGAGUUCCUCAAGGAAAUGAACGUCUCCACCAUCGCCGAACUGCGCACCCAGGUCUCCAUGGAGACCCUGCUUAAAUACGACUCGCUCAGUGACACCACCUUCGACAACACCCAGUUCGCCAACCUUUCUGCCUUCUUCAUGGACCCGCCCAUGUGGCGCCCCAACAUCGACGGCUACGUGCUUCCCCACGACUACACCCAGGCUCUCGCUCUCAACGCCCACGCCGACGUGCCCAUCCUCACCGGUAACAACAAGGACGAGUCCGGCGCCUCCACCGCCCCCGGUCUCACCGUCGCCACCUACCAGGAACUCUACAGCGAGGCGUUCCUGAACUUCUCUCAGGACUUCUUCAAGCUCUACCCCGGCGACACCACCGCCCAGGCCAACAACAACUCCAACGAGCUGUACCGCGACAUGAGCCGCAUCGGUACCUGGCAGUGGGCCCUGGACUGGACCGCCGGUGGUGCCAAGAGCCCCGUCUACACUUACUACUUCACCCGCUACCCGGCCGAGAACAUCGCCGAUGGCGCCUACCACGGCUCCGAACUCUGGUACACCUUCAACAACAUCCCCUACUCCGACUACUCCAACGUCACCUGGGCCCCCUACGACUACAAGGUCGAGGAAUACAUGUCCAACUACUGGGCCAACUUCAUCCGCACCGGCAACCCCAACGGCGACGGUCUUCCCGAGUGGUCUCCCAGCACCGAAACCAAGCAGACCAUGUGGCUUGGUGACUCUUGGGGAUCCGGUCCCAUUUCGGACAGCGACGAGCGGGUCGAGUUCAUCGAGAGCUGGUUCGCUACCAUGCCGGAGUGGUAAGCUGUGCUGCCACUACCACCACCACCACCUUUCUCAUCUUGACUGUACCGCCAUCCAUUCUAAUCACCAGUCUGUACGGAGUACAAUCUGUCAACAUGCUACACCAUGCCUGAGGCCUGUGUAUAAUAAAUAGCCCCUUUCUUCCUUUCUCUACACUCAUUUACCAUAGAGCCAUUACCUAUUCCAUUACUUUUAUUCAAAAUGAAUAUACUUUGUCUCAAAU